CCUUCCAAAGGAGUGCCUUUAGCGUGGUUGAGGGGGUAGGUGCGGACAAGUGCCUCGUUGAUUCGGGUAGCUCUCAGCACCUAAACGGGGACAAAAGCCUUUUUGAGUUUCUCGAGAUGUUUGGGGGGAGUGGCCGAGAGUUCACGUUCGGAGACAAGGGAAAUUUGUGGGGAGAGGGGAGCGGCUCAGUUGAGCUGUCGUGUGCUACACCGAUGGGAGACGGUCCGGUGACUCUGCAAAACGUGAUGUACGUCCUUGGUUGCGGCAAACCUGAUCUUGCUCGGAAAGUGAAGGGGAUCUACGUAGUCGACCGGGCGGAGAACGCAGGAUCUCCAAAAGUGGUGCAAAAGGGGCCGCUUUCCGAACUGGAGCGGGAGGGCGCCGCGGCGGGGAAGGACGCUCCCCUCGGUCGGGGGGAGCCGGUACUUCGCCGCGUUUUUGCCGACUUCAGCAAGCUCUCGGUGGUAGUCCCCAUGAAGCAGAAGAGCGAGGUAGCCAAGGUGACCGAGCACGUGAUUAACCGGUCGGAGUUGCAAUCGGGGAAGAAGCUCAGGUCGGUGCGGACGGAUUGGGGGAAGGAGUACGUCCACAAGGCCCUCAAGGACGUGUUACGGGGGCAAGGGGAUGGUGCACGAGAAGACCGCCCCCUACAUAGCCGAGCAGAACGGAUCGGCAGAGCAGCUCAACCGGCAAUUGAAGGAGAAGCAGAGCCGGAAGAGAUUGCGGAGGACAUAGGGCUGCCAACACCGGCUGCUCAGAGGUACCCCGCGCGUGAGAGACACGCGCCAGGGGAGUGGUACCGCGCCAACUUGGAGGCGGAUACGAAAGCGGGGGAGCACCCCAAAGGAACGGGGAACAUCCAGAACCGCAGAUCCCGGCUGGUGGCCAAGGGCUACCUGCAGAAGCAGGGUAUUGACUUCGACGAGGUCUACGCCUCGGUGAGCAAGCACACGACGUUACGUGCACUGCUAGCGGUGGUCGCGGAGCGCGACUUGGAGCUGCACCAGCUGGACGUUUCUUAA